AUGUUCUCCAAGAUCUUCUCUGCUGCCACCGUGGCUCUCGCCGCUUCCACCAUGGUCUCUGCCCAGACCUUCACCACCUGCGAUCCUACCAAGAAGGACUGCCCCGCCGACCCUGCUCUGGGCAAGUCGGUCAGCAUCGACUUCACCAAGGGCAACGAUGACUCCGUCUUCCGCAAGCUUGACGGCACUGCCGUGAAGUUCGAGGAUGGCGGUGCUCUCUUCGCCAUCAACAAGGAGACCGAUGCUCCUACCAUGGCCUCCAAGAAGUACAUCUUCUUCGGCAAGAUUGACGUCGUCCUCAAGGCCUCUCCCGGCCAGGGUGUCGUCACCUCCGUCGUUCUUCAGUCCGACGACCUCGACGAGAUUGAUUGGGAGUGGGUUGGCGGUGACAACGAGCAGGUCCAGACCAACUACUUCGGUAAGGGUGACACCAGCACCUACGACCGUGGUGCCUACCACCCCGUCUCCAACCCCCUCAACGACUACCACACCUACACCAUCGACUGGACCCAGGAGUCCGUCAAGUGGAUCAUCGACGGUGCUCUGGUUCGUGAGCUGAAGUACGCCGACGCCAAGGGUGGCGCCAUGUUCCCCCAGACUCCCAUGGAGGUCAAGAUCGGAACCUGGGUUGCCGGCCGCAAGGACGCCCCCAAGGGCACCGUCGAGUGGGCUGGCGGCUACACCGACUUCUCCAAGGCUCCCUACAACGCCUACUACAAGUCCAUCACCAUCACCGACUACCAGGGCAACAAGGGUGUCAAGGGCGCCAAGGAGUACGUCUACGGUGACCGUUCCGGCAGCUGGGAGUCCAUCGUCGUCAAGACUGAGGGCGGCAGCGACGACAGCUCUUCCUCCGCCUCCAAGGCCGCCACUAAGACCGACUCCAAGACCACCCUGAGCACCGUCACUGCCUCCGGCUCUGCUUCCGCUACCGCUUCCAGCGAGGCCUCAGCUACCGAGGACGCUGCCUCUACCGCCACUGGCUCCAGCUCCGGCUCUUCCAGCGCUUCUUCCACCGGCACCGCUGCCGGCGCCUCCAGCACCCCCUCCACCGUUGCCGCCAACUCCGGCUUCAUGAACAAGGCCAACCUUGCUCUCGGUGCCGCCGGCCUCUUCUUCACCUUCCUGCUGUAA